CGCUGACCUCUCAUGAGCCUCGCUACCCCGUCGACAGCAGUCGGGCUUACGUUUCGACUUCAAACCCUCACGGCCGCCAUUGCCCCGGGGUACCAAGGCGGGUGCAUCGUCGACUGGCUCCAAAGCUGUGAUACGGAUUUUUCCGGUGCGGCCAUGCCACUUGUCGCGGAGAUCCUCACCAAGUUGCUCGACGGCCACGACUGCUACAAGGACGCUACGCAGAGCGUCCUUGGAUGGUGUAUGCUCGUCGCAGAGGUGUUCCCGCUCUUCCUUGCGUCGACGACAAGCGAAACCCGAACCAUCUGCCUUCAGAAUCUCAACGACGGCGACGAUCUACUCCGCGCGGCCCUCAACAACCUUGAGGACUGUGCGACCCACUUCAAUGGCGCCAUUGGCAAGCUUACAGAGCUCGAGAAGCAACUCGGCGCGGACUUUCGCCGCGACAGCGCGUUCCACAAGAAACUCGUCGACAAGGCAGUUGACAAAUGGUAUACCGCGAGUCACACGGCGGGUGCUAGCAUCGGCGCUUUGCUUUGUAUUCCGCUCGGUCUCUUUGGCCUUGUGCUUGCGAUCCCUGCUGCCCUUCUUGCGGGCGAGGCCUCGGAAGCCGUUAUCCGAGCGUCGUGGCGCGAAGAGGUCAGCCAGCAAUUGAAGACGGUCAGCACCAAGUUUGAGACGUUGACUGCGCACGUGACCUCGACAAAAACUGCAAUUGACGAAGCGUUGCAAACGCAGAGGCGCGAGGCCGAGUCAAUCACGUUGCUCAACGCCGGUCGAUCGGUGAAUGCGACCUUUGUGGGUCUGGCCAACAUGCCGCUUCGAUCGAUUCGUCCCGAGGCCGAGAUUCUUGUGGACAUGUGCAAUGCGUACGUCGAAGCGCAUCAAGAGCCGACAACGACGUCAGACGAUAAAUAGAAGAACGCACACUGUUGCGAUGCAUGGUUACACUACUUGUAACAGAAAUAGUCAAAUUGCGCUCGAG